UAACAGCAAAUGCUCAUGGGAAGAGCCUGGGGAGAAUGUUCGUGAUAAUUUAUAUGACAAGGAUGGGUUCGAUGAUGAUGAAGAUGAUGCAGAGAGAGGACACCUUUCAAUAUUAGAGUCAGAGCAGAUAAAAGCAACAUUGUCAAGAGGCCUACAUUCUGAUCUACGGCCAAAUAUUGCAGAUUUCAAUCGACCUCCAUCAAGGAAAAAUUCAUUUGACAGUACGGAGAGUUCAGAUGCACCGACUGAGUUGUUACGGACAAGAACACUCGAAUACGUACACCUUAAAUUUAAUCUGGAAGCUGCCUUUACUGCCGUUGGCAUUGAGAGGAAGGUUGAGGCAUGGACGACAUUUUACAUUUAUGAGUGCGACAAAUGAUUCUGCAAUUACCCUUGUUUCUCCGAGCGUAAACGGCUCCAUAGCGGACGAGGAGCACCCAUUCACAGCACAUGGUCUGUGGUUGCAAGUUUUACUGGCAGAUGAUUUCAUUGAAAAAAUGUGUAUAGACCUACAAGAGUUAUCAGAUGAUUUACUUCUACCUAAAACGUACAGAUGGCCUGAGAGACGACUGUGUAUCACCAUCCUGUCUGAUGAGGCAUAGUAAAGAGCUGAGAUUGGUCAAAACUUGACGUAUUGUUGGUCAAGAAAAACACCCUUCAAUUCUUGUGUUGAUACGGUUUCUUAGAAAAAAAAUUUCGAUAAUAAAAAAAAGAAGAAAAAUAACUAUGAAAUAGUUGAUGAGGAUUCAGUUGAUGUUUUAAACAGAAGUGUUUCUGGGAAGAAAGAAAAAUUGUUUAGAAAUGUAUGAUUUCUUAUUAAAAAAAAUCAAGUUCUAAGGUAAAAAAACAACAACAUAUUUUGCCAUGGUGUUCAUCAUGUGAUAUAAAGUGAUAUCUUCAAAAUGAAAAGAAAACAGAUGGAUUUACUUUACAAGAAAGAAGACUUACACUGCUAGGACAGAUUGUGUUGUAUCACAGGGAAUUAUGGGAGUUUUGAAACGAUGAAAUCUAGUCAGAUUUGAACAUUAUUAUUAGAUUAAUAUUUAAAACUUGCAAUCUGUGUGUGUUUUUAUUAUGCUCUUUUAUAUAUAGAACUGUGGAUUUGCCUUUACAGUGAAUAAAAUGUUUUAUAACUUGGUUCCAAUAAAAAUGGAAGUGCUGAAUACUGGGACUGUAAUAUGAAAAGGAAAUGAUUUCUGAUUUUUCUGGUGUUAAAUUGUUGUUGACAGCAGUUGUUAUAGGCAUUGAUCAUUUUAUUCAUUCAUUUUGUAAAUUAGCUCAUAUUUUCCCAUACAGAAGAGAAAUGGAAUAACAAUGUGGAUAUAUGAUUUAAAAAGUGAUCAUUAUUUCAAGAAAUGUUCAACAACAUAUGUCUAUCUCUUGUUAGGAAAUUUAUUUUUCUUUAUAACUGACCUCUGUGGUUUAAUUUAAUAGUCAAACAUCGAAGCAUCAAUGGCAAAUGUUUUCUGUUAUUUAAUAAAAUCUAAAUAGCAUCGAUGAACAAAAUUAUCAAACGCUGUGUAUAAAUACUCUUAAUAGUUAAAAUGUUCUAAAUUUUACCAUAUCCACAAAAAUAUAGGACAAUAUUGGUAAUUUUUUGUCCUAUAUUGUCAUCAAGUUUGACUGAAGUAAAUGAAUUAAACAAGGUUUUGUGUGUAGUGCCUUUUCAAGUGACAUAGUCUAUUCUUAGACUAAACAUUUCAAAUAUAUCUGUAUCUUACUUUGAUUUUCUGCUGUGCUUUUUACUAACAAAAAAUAAUUGUCGUUUAAUUUUGUUAAAGUUCAAUCUUAAGAUCAGGAUUGAAUAAAUAGAUUUUAAAGGAGAAGAGAUAUAUAGGAUUUCAUUGGUUGGUUUCAUGGAGAAAUUUUAAGAGAGAGAGAAAAAAGUUUUUAAAAUUCUAUCUUAUAUUCUGCUAAGUACAUGUAGAACAGUUUCAAAGGAAGGAAAACUGAUGUAUUAGAAGGCUAAAAAUAAUUGAAUUUUAUUUACAGUGAAGAAAUAUACAAUCCUCAAACUCUUCUCCUUUUUCCUAGUUUGGCUACUUUUGCCUGCUUUGGUCUCUUUUGUCUUAUUUGUUUUCUUUUGUCUUAAUGAGAAAGACAUCAGCAACAUGAGGACAGUGUGUGGUUUGGUUACUGAGUUUACACGUCCCGAAAAAAUAGAAAACUGACAUGUGUUUUAAAUAUAUUAAAUUAAUCUGUCUAAAGUCUUACUGUUUCCUAAUUUACUUCUUUUUAUAAAUAUACAUGUAAUACAGUAUUUGUAAUGUGAAAUGUUACUUAAAAAUGUUGCCGUGUUCUCAAAGUUGAUUAAUGACUUAUAGAUCAUGUAUUAUAAGCAUACAAUAGAUGUAAGAAGAUAAUGUUCAAUUUGUUAUGUUGCAUAACUUGGAAAUAAAAAAAAAUUGAUUUGAUUACUUAAUGAUUAAUUGAUAAAUGAUUUGGAAAAGAUCAUGUUUUUUUGUUAUGAAACUAAGUUUUUGUUAUCUGUCUAUAAGUAUGUUAACUAUGAAUGUUAACUAUUUUGACGGAAUAAGGAUUUUUUACCUGGCUGUUAAUGAACAAAAUUUGUUAUCGGUUCUUUUCAAUAUUUUAUUAGCAAUAACCAGCAUUCAGAACACGUCAGAUAAUUAUUGCCAUUGUGUGUUGGGAAUUAUGUUAGAUCAAAUACCAGUUUUAUCAGGAUUAUAGUAAAAAAAUUUCCUUCAUGCUGAUACAUAAUAGGUGUUCUUGCUUCUUUUACAAAUAACAUACCUGAGUUUGUCCCAAAGUAGCCUGUCCUUUAAAAUAAUUUAAAACAAUGCUGGAUAAAUGGUUACAGACAUAUUCUUGUCAAAUAAAUCUACUCUAAGUAAAUUAACCAUGUGCAAUCUUGAGUUCUUAAUCUAGUGACCUAACAGUUAAUUAAUGGUGGCAACAUAGGUUAUGUCAGAAAAUAGGACUUACAAAUACAUAUACAUAUGUUUUCUGUCCUGAUUUAUGCAGGGGUUUGUAGUAAUGUUAGAAUUCUUAUGUCGAUUUUCUUUUUGUUACAUUUUAAUGUCAAAUUUUAAUUGGUUAAGAUAGAACUUGUAUUUAAAGCAGCUGGAUUUGUUUAAAUUUCUUAAACAAGUUGUUAAUGUUUACUCUAUUUUUAAAUUUGAAAUGUUAUAUUUUUAAUGUCAUCUUUUACAAUUUUUUGUAUUUAAAUGGCUGUUACUUAAAAAGAGUUGUUGAAAAUGAUUAUUAAGAAUGUGGAGGUUUCUAUAUUUAGAUAUAUACUAUUUGAAGCACAAUACAAAUUUAAUUUCAAGUCUGAAAUUGGAAAUAAAAGCAUUGAAUGUGUGUAUGUAUAAAUGUCUGUUGAAUUUAUGUCCCAUAUUCAUUAUAUUACAAAAAUGUCAUAACAAAGCCUCUGAUCGGUUUUGAAAUUUGAAUAUGGAGGAACAGUGUAGAAAAUUUCUUCAUGACUCAGAUAUAUUUCAAUGUACUUUUAGAUUUUACGAAUUAUAUUAGUCCUGUUUGUAUAGAUUUUAAAGAAAAAAGUUGAGAAAUUUUUUUAGAUAAAGUUAUUAUAGAAAUAUUGUUGCAAUUUUGAUAAUGAAAUACGAUAUAGAAAACUGUAACAUUUUAAAUCGUUGUACAUGCAUAUUGUUUGUUUUUGUCUUGUUUUUUUCAACACUAAGUGUUGACAUGCAACUUCAUAACUCAAUAAAAAAUAUCUGAAACAGCA